GCACAGAAGAGAAGCCCUACCUCCCUUUCAGGUCACACCAUAGGACGUCCGUUACCGUUAUAUGAAGGGUCAGUGUGGAGUUCAAAAUGUAACUCAUGAUGGUUGGCUUUUAACUCAAGGAGAGAGUUCACUUCACUCCAUUAUUGUUCUAUAAAUGUCACCUUUAGCCUGUUCUUUUCUCAUCACUUCUAUGCUCGAAAACCCCUCCUUGCUUUCUUCUGUUUCUAUAUGUUGAUCUAUUUUCUCCUCCUUUUAGCUUUCUUCAUGUAUUCCUGCUCUUCAAUUAUUCCUCUUCAGCUUCUUUCUUAAAUCAAUUCAAUCCCUCCUCUUUCUGUCUUUAUCAAGCUAUGAAGAAAUUCAAGCUCAAAAUCAAGAUUUUCAUCCCCAUCUUGAUCAGAUUGCUUCUCUAGUUUAUGUUUAAUUAUAGUGUAAAUAUAUUCAGUAUUCCCUUUGAAGAUACAUGAUAUAGGAAGUAUAGAGCUGUCUCCUUUCUGCUUCUGCAUAUAAAGUAUAAACCCUAGCCUUAAUUUGCACGUGCAUGCAAUUUGUACAAUCAGAUCAUCCCUUGCCCUUCAUAAACCUUUAUUAUACAUCAAGAUUAAGAGAAUGUUGACAGGAUUCAAUGCCACAAAUUACAACAAUUUCUACGAUUUCAGCGACUAUGCAUUUUCAGGUAUAAAGGUAAACCCUUCUUCUCAAUACGAUAACAUCCACAACGCCAUCUACGGCUCCGAUGAAUUCCGCAUGUACGCCUACAAGAUCAAGCGGUGCACGAGGACCCGCAGCCACGACUGGACGGAGUGUCCCUACGCUCACCGAGGAGAGAAGGCGACUCGUAGGGACCCCGGGAAGGUGCCAUAUGCGGCAAUCGCCUGCCCUGGGUUCCGCAACGGGAAGUGCCACAGGGGUGACGCAUGCGAAUACGCACACGGGGUUUUCGAGUACUGGCUGCACCCUGCACGCUACCGUACACGUGCAUGCAAUGCGGGGCGUUUUUGCCAACGUAAGGUUUGUUUCUUUGCUCACACCCCGGAUCAGCUCCGGUCCGAAAAGAAAUAUGCGUGUCCUUUUGUGUACAGGGCGAGGAUGAACGGUGGAGAUGGGGUGUUUGGGAUUGGAUCAGGCAGUGAAGAGGGUGCCACGUCGUCACCCGUUAGGAUAGAUGGAGGGAGCUGUUUUGAAGGGGUUUCAGAGUUGUUGAGUAGUUGGAGGAAAUUGACGAUUAGGGAUGAUGAGAGGAAGAAGAAGAAGAAGAGCGGUGGAAUUGAUGAAUUAGACGCUGAUUUGCCUCAGCUUGAUUGGAUUUCUGAGUUGGUGCAGUGAAAAUGCUCAUCAAAGAGAGUUAUUUUUUGUACAUUUUUAAAGAUAUGAAGUUGUGGAGGCAGCAAAUAUAUAUGUUUUUUUUUUUAUUAAGUAAUUAAUUACGUACGUUUUAAUUUUUUUUGUGUGAAAAUUGUUUAUUUGUGAGUUUUUGAAAUUGAGUUGUUGGUUAUUAUUUUUUC